AAUGAUAUCGACAAUAUCGAUAAAGAAAAGUCAUCGAAACGUAAAUAAAUUUUUUUCUUGACAGUUGUCAUCACUGUAGCAACAAUUGCUUUCCUAAGUUUGGCAUCUCUGGUAAAAAGGCAUGCUGUCUUGAAACGGCAAUAAAAUGAAAUAAAACGGAGUUUGCAAGAAGAGAGAGAGAGAGAGAGAGAUUUUGAACGGUGGGAAGAUUUUAGACGGAACUUGAACAAAGAAAAUAAAAGUCUUAUUUUGAAUGUCAAAUUUUGGAUAAGAGAAAUAGUUUUCUUUUACGAUUGCUCUAGUGGUUCGUUCGUCAGACAAGGUAUUUGCUUGCUACGUCACAUGUUGUGCAAAUUGCUCGAAAGUAGUACAUUAGGACUCGAAAAGUACGUGGUGUUAAAAUCAUUUGGAACACCUAACCUCAAUCUUUCUCCUAUAAUAGAAAAAGAAUAUGACUGUUUAAUCAUUAUUAAGAAGUUACGUUAGCAUUUUAUCCAGUCGGCUUAAUUUGCUCGAUAACAUCUACAUCUGCUGUGUGCGAAGAGAGGGAUGCCACGCAGCAAGCGUAGAGCGCCCUCUAGCACAAAUCAUCAUCACACAUCAAUUGAUAUGUCACCUAGUGCCCAUGAAGAGGGUUUACCAAGGCAUCCAUCAAAACGACUGCGCCAUACAUCUGGAGCAAGACGAUAUACAAAAACAGAAGAUGUGUCAAGUGCAUCAUCAUUUUCUCAGAAACGAUGUAUAACUUGGUUUAGAGAAUAUACAACACCAGAUGAUUCGGAUACUCUUGGCCCCGAAGGAAUGGAAAAGUUUUGCGAAGACAUUGGGGUAGAACCUGAAAAUGUAGUGAUGCUGGUUCUUGCUUAUAAAAUGAAUGCUCGUCAAAUGGGGUUUUUUACUUUGACUGAAUGGUUAAAGGGUCUUUCGGAGUUACAAUGUGAUUCCAUAUAUAAAAUACAACAAAAGCUUGAAUACCUAAGGAACCAGUUAAAUGAUCCUCACAUUUUUAAAGGAAUCUACAGAUAUGCCUAUGAUUUUGCUAGGGAUAAAGAUCAACGUAGUAUGGAUAUGGAAACUGCUAGAGUAAUGCUACAAUUACUUCUAGGAAAGCAUUGGCCUUUAUUUACGCAGUUUGCUCAGUUCCUAGAUCAAUCCAAGUACAAAGUAAUCAACAAAGAUCAAUGGUGCAACAUUUUAGAAUUUUCUCGUACAAUCUAUCAUGAUUUAUCUAAUUAUGAUUUAGAUGGAGCGUGGCCUGUAAUGCUUGAUGAAUUUGUUGAAUGGUUAAAAAUGCAGAGAGGCGAGGAUGCAUCAACGACAGAAGCAAGGGGUAGCUGAAACAUUCUAUUAAGAUAGUUCACUAAAUCUCCGUCAAGAUAUUUGUUAAUAAUGAAAUUUUCGUUAAGUUAUGAUUCACGGCAUUUUAAUUAUCAUCAUUCGUGGUGUACUAUUUUUUUAUUAAAUGAUACUAGUGCAUUGUAAGUAGCUCAUUCUAUAUUAUUCUUUUUUUGCUACGAAUCUUACAAGGAUUGUUCAGAAAAAAAAGAAAACUAACUCUUUAUAAAUUCAUUUCGAUCGCUUACCGCUAUUCGCAGUUUAUCGAGAGUUCAUCGCAGAGAAAACUUUAACACUUCAGGAUACAAACUAUUUUAAUAUAAAAAUAAUUUGUGCAAUUCAUAAAAGAUAAUUGAAAGGAUAAUAUCUAGUAAUCUAAAAGGCAACAACACACUAAAAUUGGCUAUUUCUCAGCAUUGAACUUUAAAUAUCAUUGUAAAUAUUUUUUGAUUUCCUGGAUAUAAUAAUGUGCAACUGCAUGAAUUCAUAUAAACAAAUAAGUAGAAGUAAUUUGUCUAUACAUUUUUAAUAUUUCUGUCUAUAAAUAAUUAGAAUCCAUACUAAUAUUUUAUUUUAUAAUAAAUUAUCCAGCUAAAACUUCUUAACACACACGCAUUAUCCGCAACAUUUUUUCGAAUUUAAAUAUGUAUUAUAAUACAGUUAGGCACAUUUAAUAAAUGUAUUAACAUUAUUAAAGAGUAGGUUCAGAAAAAAUGAAAUUUUGCCCUUUUACUACUAGUGCUAUUAUAGCAUUUGGUAUUCAAAAGGCAGUACCACGAAGUGUCAAUACAAUGUGCUAUUAACUAAGUAGUUCCUGCGGAUGCUACCUAUAUAAAUGUAAAUUAGUAUAAUGAGCUCUUAUUAAAAUAUCAUAUUUAUUAAAGGCAAUUGAAUUCUGAUUUGUUUAAAUCAUUAAUAUGAACGUUCAACCUGCACUUAAUUUCAUUAUUUUAGUAUGAACAGUGGUAUUUAGAAAAAGAAAAAAAA